AGCUUCGUUUGUCUCAGUAGUCGAUACUUUAAAGUUUAGUCGCAAGCAGCGACCUUGACUCACCAAGCCUCAUUCACAACUCAGCACUCACCCAUACAAUUUUCCCAAGCUUCCUUGGUCAAUCCUGUUAGAUCACAUAUACAUACAUCUAUACGCAGGUAUACACACCAUGUUAAUUAUACCAACUAGCUCAUACAUAGUAUAAAUGUAAUCAUCUCUCUCUUUCACUAGAGCUAGCUAGCCCAUUACUCCCACUAAUCAUCACAUAAUAAAUCAUUUUUCCCAUUUUAUUUAUUCAUGUUCUUGUCUUUUUUUACAUAAACCUUAAUUUACCACCACCUUGCUGUAUUGUUUCCCAAAAUGGCCCUUGUAAGAGAAUUCAUGGGAUCUUCAUCUCAUGUCCUAGACAGAUCUUCCCCGUUCACUACCCCAUCAUCCAAGAUUCUUGGUCUCAACAAGAAUCUUCUUUUCUAUCCAAGAACCAACAAAAGAUUCUGUGUGAGCUGUCUGGAGAAAGGAGAUUCCCAAAUCAAGAAAAAUGGGAGAACAAGUCCUAUAUCAGCUAUCAGUGACAAGAUGGGGAGAAUUGUGCCUGAGAAGCCUGUCAAGUUUAAAGUCAGAGCUGUGGUGACGGUGAGGAACAAGAAUAAAGAAGAUUUCAGGGAGACCAUCGUGAAGCAAUUGGAUGCUUUCUCUGAAAAGAUCGGAAGAAAUGUUGUUCUUGAGCUUAUUAGCUCUGAUACUGAUCCAAGAACUGGAACUCCGAAGAAAAGCAAGGAGGCUGUUCUACAGGAUUGGUCAAAGAAAUAUAAUGUGAAAGCCGAGAGGGUGAAUUAUACAGCUGAAUUUAUGGUGGACUCGAAUUUUGGGAAGCCAGGGGCAAUUUUGGUUACAAACAAACACCAAAAGGAAUUUUUUAUGGAAAGUAUUGUUGUUGAAGGAUUCGCGUGUGGUCCGGUUCAUUUCCCCUGUGAUUCAUGGGUUCAAUCUAAGAAAGAUCAUCCUGGAAAAAGAGUAUUCUUUUCUAACCAGCCAUAUCUACCCAGCGAGACUCCAGAAGGCCUGAAAGCAUUGAGAGAGAAGGAGCUAAGAGAUUUGCAAGGCGACGGCAAAGGUGUGAGGAAGUUAUCGGAUCGCAUAUACGAUUAUGAUGUGUACAAUGAUUUGGGGAAUCCUGACAGAGGUAUUGAGUUUGUUAGGCCAACACUAGGAGGUAACAAACGUCCAUUCCCUAGACGAUGUCGCACAGGACGUCUUCCAACUGAUACAGAUAUGCAUGCAGAGAGUAGAGUGGAGAAGCCGUUGCCAAUUUAUGUACCACGAGAUGAACAAUUUGAGGAGUCUAAGCAAAAUACAUUCUCAGCAAGUCGGCUUAAAGCUGUGCUUCAUAAUUUAGUGCCAUCAAUAAUGGCUAGUAUCUCAUCAAAUAACCACAAUUUUAAAGGUUUUGGACACAUUGACAGCCUCUACAGUGAAGGUCUCCUCCUCAAGCUAGGACUGCAGGAUGACCUCCUACAGAAGCUCCCGAUGCCAUAUGUGGUCAGCAGGAUCCAAGAAUCAAGCCAGGGCAACCUCCUCAAAUAUGACACCCCCAAAAUAAUUUCCAAGGACAAGUUUGCCUGGCUGAGAGAUGAUGAAUUUGCUCGACAAGCUCUAGCAGGAAUCAACCCAGUGAGCAUUGAAAGGCUUAAGGUUUUCCCACCAGUGGGCAACCUUGAUCCUGAAAUUUAUGGUCCACAAAAGUCGGCCCUUAAAGAAGAACAUAUUGCUGGCAAUCUUAAUGGCAUGACUGUGCAACAGGCUUUGGAAAACAAUAAACUCUUUAUCAUAGACUACCAUGACAUCUACCUGCCAUUCCUUGACCGGAUUAACGGCCUUGAUGGCCGUAAAGCAUAUGCGACACGCACCAUAUUUUUCUUGACUUCAGUAGGCACUCUUAAGCCCAUAGCCAUUGAGCUCAACCUCCCUUCGAAUGGACCUGAUUCGCAAUCAAAGCGCGUGGUUACACCUCCAGUUGAUGCCACUAGCAAUUGGAUGUGGCAGCUUGCAAAAGCCCAUGUGUGCUCCAAUGAUGCUGGAGUUCAUCAACUUGCCAACCACUGGUUGCGUACACAUGCCUGCAUGGAGCCCUUUAUACUGUCUGCACAUAGGCAAUUGAGUGCAAUGCACCCCAUAUAUAAGCUGUUAGAGCCACACAUGAGAUACACUCUUGUGAUAAAUGGUAUAGCUCGCCAAACUUUGAUUAGUGCUGAUGGCGUUAUUGAGUCUUGCUUCACUCCUGGCCGAUACUGCAUGGAGAUCAGCGCCUCGGCCUAUAAGAGCUGGCGGUUUGAUCUAGAGGGUCUUCCAUCUGACCUCAUACGAAGGGGAAUGGCAGUACCAGACCCGACCAAACCACAUGGUUUAAGACUUCUCAUUGAGGACUACCCAUAUGCUGCUGACGGGCUUCUAAUUUGGGAUGCCAUUGAGAACUGGGUACGUACAUACGUAGAACGUUACUACACAGAAUCAAGCAUAAUCUGCAAUGACAGGGAGCUCCAGGCCUGGUACGCUGAAUCCAUAAAUGUCGGUCACGCUGAUUUGCGCCAUGAAAGCUGGUGGCCCAAAUUAUCCACCCCUGAAGACCUCACUUCUAUCCUUACCACCCUCGUCUGGCUUGCAUCUGCUCAGCAUGCUGCAUUGAACUUUGGUCAGUACCCUUAUGGCGGUUAUGUCCCUAACCGCCCACCUCUCAUGAGGCGUCUGAUUCCGGAUGAAAGAGACCCUGAAUACGUCAACUUCCUUGCUGAUCCCCAGAAAUAUUUCUUUUCAUCAAUAUCAAGCCUGUUACAAUCAACCAAGUACAUGGCUGUUGUUGAUAUGCUGUCAACUCACUCAGCAGACGAAGAGUACAUUGGGGAAAGAAGUCAGCCCUCCACUUGGUCCGGGGACGCAGAAAUGGUUCAUGCAUUUUAUCGUUUCUCAGCAGAAAUCGGACGAAUCGAGAAAGAAAUUGAACGAAGAAAUAGCAAUCCAGAGUUGAGGAACAGAUGUGGUGCUGGUGUAUUACCAUACGAGCUUCUUGCACCAAGUUCCGAGCCAGGGGUGACAUGCAGAGGUGUCCCCAAUAGUGUAUCCAUAUAAAAUGUGACCAUUUCUAUUAGAACUCUCCUCUAAACUGUAAUGUAAAUAACUAAACAUAAGCGACUUGAAUAUAUAAUGUACAAUGUAUUUAGGCUGUCUCA